AUGGGUCCGAAGCACUCUCAUCACGAGAAGAAGGAGAAGAAGAGCAGCAAUAACAAUGUAAGCAAACCGGCAGUGGUCCUUGACGCCGACAGCGAUCCCAUUUUUCAGAAGAACUUUGGCCUCGGAGGUGAGUUUACCCGAAAAAUGCCAUGAUUUCCAGUUAGUUUUGAAACUCUGCUUUCUAAAGCCAAGAAACAUUACCGUAACCCUCUUUUCGUGACUUCGAAUCCGAACGACUUCGUCCCGAUUUUCUGUUUGUACAGACGUCAUUUUGUGUUUUCUGUGCAACCGAUCUCCGUCCAAAUGUUUUAUAGUCCUGUUUCUCGUUCGCUCCCAGUAGUCUCUGUUUUCAGAAAGACCAAAGAUGCCGCCGGAAUCGGAUCUCCCUCCCGCUCUUCCAGCCAAACCUCCUCCUGCUCGGCCGACCGCAUUACCCCAAAUACCAUUCCCUGCUCACGAUCACAAACCGCCGGUCCCUCCUCCGAGGAGAGCCGAUUCCAGUCUGGCUCCUCCGGUUCCCGCACAUUCGAGUCAGUUCUCUUCCCUUUCCACUUUUCAGUUCUCACUCUCUUUCUUCAGAUUCCUUCUCAGAUCUUAGCCGUCAUCCGUCCGCCACUUCCACAAAAAGUGCUCCGUCGUUGUGCUCUCCGAGGCCUCACUCGAGCUCUUCUCAUUCGAACAGCGGUUCAUUACAGUGCAUGCACGGAGGUGAAAAGAGACUACAGUAUUCCUGAAACCCUAUGAACACUUUGAAGAUCCGGAAGAGAAAAUGUUGAUUGUGGAGAGCAGGUUCCUCGCGCAAACUCGCGACGAAAUCAGCGUCGAGGAGGGAGACGUGCUGUAUUUGAUUGAGCAGAGUAACAGGUAUGCCACGUGGUUUUCUUUGUAAAGACGCCGUGCUGUCUCUCCCAGUGAAUGGUGGUACGUUUCGAACAAGAACCGGCAAGUCAAAGGCCACGUUCCGAAGUCGCACGUGGUGUUCGCGGAAGUGCGAGAGCCCUGGUUCGCAGGCAACAUCUCUUCGAUAAUGGCCGAGCAGAGGGUGAUGCAGCCGGGCUUGCCGCUCGGAACUUUUCUGAUUCGGGAGAACAUCAAGAAGGGCACUUUCGUGCUCACAGUCCGAACUUCCGGUCAGUCCAUUUCAUUCCACUCUGGUUUCUGACCUACAGUCCCACAUUUUUCAGACUACGAGCCCCCCGAAAGCCUACACAAUCUACCGAAAUCAUAACGGUUUGGAGAUGAGGGACACGAACGGCACCGUCAUAAUCAACUUCUCGUCCCUUCUGCAGCUCGUGAAGCAUUUCAGUUGUCAGUUGACACUUUGUGAAAAUUAAUACAAAACUUAUACGAUACAGGCGAAAAAGCAACCGGGAGAAGUUCAAAUUUACACAAAACUGACUCGAGCAGCUCCGCGGCUGGAGGAGCACGCGGAAUACGCGACGAUGCGGAGGUGGCAGGUGAACAGGAACGAAGUGAAAAUGGUCAAAACGAUAGGAUCGGGACAGUUCGGAGAGGUGAGCGGACGGGCGGUUCGGGGGAAAGGAGAGGAAGAGAGGAUUGCAGGUGCAUCUGGCUAAGUGGCGGAGCAUUGAUGUGGCCGUGAAGAUGCUGAAACCCGAUCAGAUGAAGCAGCUGGCAAACACACAGUUUCUAGAGUACGCACUGAAUGAAAAUUGAGCAACAGAUAAAGAAAGAGAAGUGCAUUUCAGAGAAGCAAAGACAUUGACAAAACUGAUGCAUCCGAAUGUUAUCUGUCUUUUGGCGGUGUGCGCGAUCGAUCAGCCGUUCCUGAUCAUAACCGAGUACAUGAAGAACGGCUCUUUGCUCGCGUGGCUGCAUGCGCUCGCAAAGAAACUGCCAGACUUUCUGCUGAUGAAUCAGGAGACGGUGACGAAGAACGUGAUGAUCGGAGCGAGUAUUGCCGCGCAGGUCGCCGCCGGAAUGGACUAUCUCUCCGCCAAUCAGAUUGUCCACCGCGACUUGGCGGCUCGGAAUGUUCUCGUCGGAGAGAUUUCCUCGAAUGGAAUUCCGUCGGUGAAGGUGGCAGACUUUGGAUUGGCCAGGAAAACGGACAAGAGCAGUCGGAACUACGUGAUGAAGACGGACAACGACAUGCCCGUCAAAUGGAUGGCCCCGGAAGCGUUCCGAGAUCAGAUAUUUAAGUAAUCAACUGACGCCUUCUUACAGGUCAAAAGUUCUUGUUUCAGUCAAAAAACCGACGUCUGGUCGUACGGAAUCCUUCUUUGGGAGAUCGGAACACUCGGAAAGACGCCCUAUCGCGGAUGGGACGUCGAACGGACCUUCGAACGGCUCGAAGAUGGAUUCGUUCUGCCGAGGCCCGACAUGGUGCCCGAGUACGUCUACGAAGAUGCGUUCCGAUUGUGUGUGCAUUUGGAUCCGAGCAAAAGACCCACUUUCGACCGUCUGUUAAAAUACUUCGACGGCAUAAACUCCGACAGUCUCACGGCAUCCAAAGGCGUUUCUCGUCAUUGA